CACUUGUGUGCCCUGCCGAUAAAGCCAUACAUUGACGCAAGCACACGCUGGCAAACAAGCCGGUGUAAUGAAGCUAGAUUUGCCCUCAAUAUACAUGGCUGCUUUACAACAACAAUCUCCUCUCCCGGGAGAGCGUGAUUGUCAGAAAUUUAUUGCAAUAACGCUAUUCAUCGGGUAGCUGCAGAUAUGAACAGCAGAAACCACAGCACUAGAGAAAAAUCACAAAGUAAACCGGAAACAAAACAGACUCCUUAGUACCUUCCAGAACAGAAACAUUUAAAAAAUUUGUGGUGUGCUGCUUUUAACAGUUGUGCAAAGCCAGAACGGACUGUGGCAAUGAGUUGCAAAGGGGAGGAGGAGGAUGUGGUCAGAAGCUUUGACGGCGGCGUUACUUCCCUCCCUGGGGAGAAAGGAGAAGCUGCUAUACCUCCUCUCCACCUGACCCAGAUGUCCGAUGGAGCACCUUCAACGGCUGCUGGGGACCCUGCAACGGGCUCUGGAUUAUGUUUCGUCCUUCACCACUUACCUGCUUGGAGAUGAAACUUACCCAGGAGCAGAAGAGUCAGGACAUAGAAGGGAUAGGAGCAGCCGAGGCAGCAGCCAUGACGGGGAAGUGGAGACAGCACACUCUGGGGACAUUCCUCCAAGGAGACAUCUGGAGGUCUUUGAAGGUUCGCUCACCGCAGAGAUAACCCCAGCCAACCAGGAAAUCCAGGCAGCAUCAGAAGCAGCAGAUCACGAUGCUCAGGCGACAGAGUCUGUUCACAAACCUUCCAAGUUCCCCAACAGAUCUGAGGGACAGAAAAAGGCUGAGGAAAAGCUCUCAGAGUCCUCUCAAUUCCCAGCUGAUGCUCCAAAGUCAAGCCCCACAGCAGCUGCGAUCAGCAGCAUCAGACAGAAAGAUGUGGAGGGGCCAACUGCUACUGAGGGACUCCAUCAGCGGGAGCUAGAAGGAACCAGCUGGAUAGGAGGAGUUCAGCAGCAGGGGGCACUAGAGGAAGAGGCAGAUACAGAACAGCAUCAGCAUGGGGAAGCAGAGAAGCCCGAAGGCAAACAGCCAGAGGAACAAGGGCAGGGAGAAGAGACUUCAGAGGAGAGGGAGGAAAAACAAGUGGGAACUGUGUGGUAUGACGGGAUCCAGCAAACUGCACCAGAUUGGGCACUAUCUGUGGGAGAAGAGCAGAGAGGGAUGGUGAGGGAUGUGGGGUUUCAGCUCAGUGGGGGGGUGGAGGAUGAGGUCAAGAUGGUGGAGAGACAGCAGCUAGAGGCUGAGAGACAACAGGAAAACGAAGCAGAGAUGGAAAAGGACCUGCUGGAGGAAACCAAUAUGGUGGUUGCAAAGGAAGGAAUUCCACAAGCAGUGCCAGGCAGGGCAGAGAGUGAAGAAGACCAGGAGGAGAUGCUCAGAGGAGAAGCUGAAGCUGGGAGAAGCCAUCUGUGGGAGCCAAAGGAGGAAGUGGAAGGCACAAGAGAGACUGAUUGUGGUCAGGAAAAGGAACUGGGAGAAACUUUCUGGUAUAAGGGGAUUCAAGAAAGGGUACCAGAUUGGCCACAGUUUGUGGAGGUACAACAGCGAGGGCUGGAGGAGGCAACCAAGAUGGCAGAAGAUGAGCAGCUGAAGGUCGAGCAGGAACACAAAGAAGAUCCAGAGGCAGAAAGGCAGGAGGGAGAGACAUGGGCUGUGGGAUUUCACCACAGAGGGCUGGAGAAGGAGGAAGAAGAGGUCAAGAUGGCAAAUGGUCAACAGCUGGAGGUCAAGCAGGAACAGGAAGAAGAACCAGAGGUGGAAGAGAACCUGCAGGAGGAGUUAGAUAUAGCCGAAGAAGAAGAAAUUCAGCAAACAAUGCUGGGCACUGCAGAAACUGAGGGAGGGCAGGAGGAGGAGCUAGACGAGGAAGAAGAGGCAGGGAGAUGCCACCAGUGGGAGCCAAGGGAAACUGCUGUGAUUUUGGAAGGGCAGGAUGGGGAGCCAAAGGGAAUAGCAGAGAACAGGGGUGGUCGGUGGGAAGAAGUGGCAGGUGCAGAAGAGACAGAAGGGGUCCAGCAGAGGGAGGAAGAGGAACCUGUGAGAAAGGAGGCAGCAGAAGAAGAAGUGGAACUUGCAGGAGAAGAAUGGCUGGAGGAGAGUGACCAGGAGGGUGAAUCAGAGAGGCCGGCAGAAGCUAGUGGUCUUCUUGACAAAGAGGUGCUGGAAGCAGCUGGAGUCCAGGCAAAGCAAACAGAAGAGAUGGAAAGUGGCCGGCAGCAAGAACCCAUGGUGUGCACUUCCUCCAUCGCUGGGACGUUCCCAGUUAAGGUCGUGGCCCUGGAUACAAGUCACCAAAUGGAGCGGGUGCUGCUUCGCCGCAAGAGCUCUAUCCGGCGGGCGCCCAGCACAAAGAGACAGCCAGUGGAGACCCAGCCAGAGACGAUAAGCGUAGCUGAGGAGGUUCCAGCUCAACCACAAACACCGCGCAGGCAGAACCCAAGGCUUUCUGGGUUUGGGCCUAUGCACCCCAACAUGAUGGCUGAACUUCAGACCCGCCUGCGCAAGCCCCAGUGACCCAAGGGUUGAUUUCUGCAUUAUAUUUGAGCUUUCACUGGACGUAAAAGCCGCCUCUGGAAAUCUAGGGGCAGUUUAGCACUCAUUUCCAUGUUAAUUGCUUUCAGGGUGGGGGAUAUCCAUUUGCAACCCUGUUAAUGCAGAAAAUUGUGGGAGAUGAGUGAUGGAAUUGGGGGUACUCUACCGACAUACAGUUCUCUCGUGCCAUUUUCAUGCGUGAAUCAUGGGGGGACAGAAGUGCGCAGGUGCGGAAAGGGUGGGGAAGCGGCCUCAUGUCCAAUGACAUUUGUUGUUGUAUCACACCUCACCCACUGGUGUGAAAAAGAAUUAGUGCAGCAUGCCAGCGUAUUGCUCAAAAAGCUACAGCAGUGUGAAAGCAACGUUAGAAAACAGGGCAGGAGUGCUAGUGUUAUAAUCAGGAAAACCACCACAAAAUUCUCAUGUCUGAACUUACCCCUGUGAUAGGCUAAGGCACAGGGUGUGUGUGUUGGGGGAGGAAGACUAGAAAAUGGGGCUAAUGAUACCGGUUGCCAUUCAUAUCAAUGUCUCCUUCUGCAUUAGAGCCUUGUAGCGCUGCUGAGGCACUGCUUUUCCACAAUAAUCUGGAAGUGGAAUUAACACUCCACGUAAUACUUCAUAUAGCUCUUUCCUCCCUAAAAAUUCCUUCCUGCUCAAUCCAUUAAGACAGGGAUAGCCAACAUGGUGCCCUCCAGAUGUCAAUGGAUAACAGAUCCUGUCCCCCUUGGCCACUUGCUAUGUUGGCUGGGUCAGAUCGCAUUUGUAAUCCAGUAGCUUGCAGUGGACAUCACUGGCUACCCCUGUAAGAGUAUCUACAUCAGGGUGCCACAACUUUCAAAUGUGAGAGAGCCUUUUCAGUGGUUGUGUCCUCCCGACUUUUAAAAUAUUUUUUCGUAACUAAGUGAAGAGGAUGUUUUUCUUUCUGGCUUUUUAACGAUAGCUUUAGUUCAUUUAACUAAAUUUAGUUAAUGUAGUUCAUUUAUUCACGUUUAAUUGUUAUUUCUACUUUUGUUUUUAGUUGCUGUUUUCACCGUCAGAUGUGCAGUUUCUGGCUGGUUUAAAAUGUCAAAAUGUUGGUAUUAAAAAUUGUUUAAUUGCA